UACUUACAACAUACUACAGUAAUAUCCUGUAAGGUUUUGUCAGGCUUCAAACGUGUGUUGCCGUUCGGAGUAGUGAUCGGGACGCUGCAUACCGUUCGCCCAUACAGCCAGGAGGACACUUGAGCAGAUAGAGCAAAGUUGAAAGGCAGCAUGGCGCUCCUAUCACGCAAACCGACGGGACACACCCACGUCACGUCACGCAACACGUCGGCUGUUGAGUCUGCUCGCAUAGGGCGCCCCGCCUGCUCGCCGCGUUCUCUCGCACCCGCUGUUGCUACUGCUGCUGCUGCGACGCCAGCAGUAACGGCCUGCAAGCGGCAGCAACAGGAGCAGUUCGGGGGAUGCAUGCGUCGUGCGGCUCCUGCUGCUGCUGCUCGACCUCGCACGGUGUCUUGCGGGGCCCUCAUUUCGUACUUGGAGGUCACGGCAGGUAGUGACGCCCCCGAGGACCUGGCCAUCGAGGUGCACCCCAACGAGGCCGCUGUGGGGGCCCGCGUGUGCGAGUUGAUCGUGCAAGCCGCCCAUGCGGCGGUCGCCGAGCGCGGCGCCUUCUUCCUGGCCAUCCCCGGGGGCAGCGUGCUCAAGAUGUGCGGGGGGCUGGUGGGGCGACACAUGCCCUGGGACAAGACCUUCCUCUUCUACGUCAACCACAAGUGUGUUCCCGCGGACGACUCCGGCUCCACGCACCGCAAGGCCACGGAGCUCUUCCUCACGCGGGUGGGGGCGCCGGCGGGCAACGUGGCGGCGCUCAAGGGCACAUCGGACGCGGUGGCGGAGGCGCGCGAGUACGAGGCCAGGUUGCGGCAGCUCGCCGUACAGCGCAACAUGUCGCUCACCGCGGACGUGGUCCCCCGCUUCGACCUGCUGCUGCUGGGCAUGGGCGCGGACGGGCACGUGGGCUCGCUCUACCCGGGGCGCCCCGAGGCGGGUGUGGGCGGCCCGGGCGCCCCGCUGGUGCUGCCGGUGGACAAGAAGCAGCCGCCCAGCAUCACACUGGCGUUGCCCGUCAUGUGCGCGGCGCGGCAGAUCGUGGUCGCCGCCACGGGUGCCGGCAAGGCGGCAGCAGUGCGCGGCGCCCUGCAGGAGCCCUCCUCCUCCUCCUCCUCCUCCUCCUCCUCCUCCUCCUCCUCCUCCCACCCCGCCGUCGACCUGCCUGCUCGGGGUGUUCGGCCGGUGGAGGGCGGGUCGGCGGUGUGGCUGCUGGACUCGGCGGCGGCGGGGGGGCUGGAGGUGGCGGCGGGGGCGCGGGCGCUGCUGGCGGCGGAUGCGGCGGUGCGGGGUCUCAGCACGGCGUGAGGAGGAGGAGGAGGGAAGGAGGAGGAGGGGGGUAGGAGGAGGGAAGGAGCAGGAGAAGAGAGGUUUCCACCGUUAACCGGGAAAAAGGGUUGGUGUGUAGGCUAGUGAGUGAAGGUGGAAAGGAUUUGGAUGGCGUCUCUGAUCCAGCUGGGGCGCCCGGUCUGGACAUGGUAGGGUGCGGGAUGGUCAUGAGCGGGCGUGCGGGGAACACUGGCUGCACCCAGCUGGGCUGUGUGAGUGGGUGUGAGUGGACAUACAACAGGGUACGACAGGCACGGCCGUACACUUGGGUUGGGCGUGCAGUCGAUUUCAUGUGGAGGAGGAGGGGCUUCUGAGGCAGGCACAUGACCUCAUGAGCCGUGCGGUCGGCCCGUGUGUAUGGAGGGAGGGAGCGCCCAUGCGGCUUUCGGCGUGGACGCAGCCUUCAACGCGUUUGCGAGAUGCGGGUUGGAAGAAGUGCCCAUGGUGCAAACAACUGGAGGAGUGGUGGUUAAAUGUAACCAGACACACUUAGCUCUCAAGUCCUAACGCCCUGAAGCCAAGAAGAUAUGCUGAUCCUCAGGGCAAGCCCAGGUGGUGAGAGUAGCUGUACCUGGUCUGUCGUACGCGACUACCGUACUUGUAUGUUGAGUCAGUGGAGAGCAGUGCCCUGUGCCCUGUGAAGCAUAGGAAAGCUACUUACCCGUAUGUAUGAGGACCUUGAGCAGUGCAAAGCGGAUUGACCGGAAGCGAGGCAUGGUCGGGAAGGUAGGCAGGGCGUGGAAGACGGACCGGGUAAGACACAAGGUUGCAAAUGCAUUACAGAGGCAUGCAGGCUACCAAGCGGAAGGUACCGGGCUCUUAGGGCCCAAACACACCGCUCUGGGCAGAGCGGGAUGUUGCAGUUGAGAAAGGUGGUGAGCUGUGCCAGAUGCUUGAG